AUGAACAACUCCACCUUUGCUCUUCCUCCUGGCCUCAUGUAUGAUGAUGCCAGUCCAGAAUGGAUGAGCAAAGCCGACAACGCAUGGCAGCUGACUGCUGCAACUCUGGUUGGCAUGCAAAGUGUUCCUGGCCUCAUUAUCCUAUAUGGCGGUGCGGUGAAGAAGAAAUGGGCUGUGAACUCAGCUUUCAUGGCAUUCUAUGCUUUUGCUUGUGUUCUUGUGUGUUGGGUUGGUUGGGGAUAUCAUAUGUCUUUUGGGACUCCACUCUUCACAUCAGCUCCAUUUUGGGGGAAGGCUGAUGUGGCAUUGGACCAAAAGUUUCUUUUUACACAGGCUUUUCUUGGGAAGUUCCCUAAUGCCACAAUGGUGUACUUUCAGUUUGUGUUUGCAGCAAUCACUUUGAUAUUGAUUGCUGGAGCUCUUUUGGGAAGGAUGAACUUUUAUGCUUGGAUGUUGUUUGUGCCACUCUGGCUGACAUUUUCAUACACUGUUGGAGCAUAUAGUAUUUGGAGUCCAAAAGGGUGGCUUGCCUUGAAAGGAAUAAUUGAUUAUUCUGGUGGUUAUGUCAUCCAUCUCUCUUCUGGAGUUGCUGGUUUUACAGCAGCCUACUGGGUCGGUCCUCGUUCAACCAAGGACAGGGAAAGGUUCCCCCCAAACAACAUUCUACUUAUGUUGACUGGAGCAGGGUUGCUCUGGAUGGGAUGGACAGGGUUCAAUGGAGGAGACCCUUAUGUAGUCAGUAUGGAUGCUUCAUUGGCUGUCUUGAACACUCAUGUCUGCACCGCUACCAGCUUGCUCACUUGGCUAGCUCUUGAUGUCAUCUUUUUCCGCAAGCCUUCUGUCAUCGGUGCAGUUCAAGGCAUGAUCACUGGUUUGGUUUGCAUCACCCCAGCUGCUGGAGUUGUGCAAGGAUGGGCAGCCAUAAUAAUGGGGAUUCUCUCUGGCUCAAUCCCUUGGUAUACCAUGAUGGUUGUCCACAAGAAAUCUAUGCUUCUUCAGAAAGUUGAUGACACAAUGGCUGUCCUACACACUCAUGCCAUUGCCGGAGCCCUUGGUGGACUCCUCACCGGUCUCUUUGCUCAUCCAAAGCUCAAUUACUUGUUCUAUAGCACCUAUGGAACAUAUGUUGGUCUAUUUUAUGGUAUUGACAUGCGAAGAUUCAAGGCCGGAGCUCGUCAAGUAGGAAUUCAACUUCUCGGAGUACUCUUCGUUGUUACACUAAAUGUAGUGGUGACAAGCCUUGUAUGCCUUUUGGUACAACUCAUUGUGCCUCUGAGAAUGUCUGAAGAGGAUAUGGAGAUUGGUGAUGAAGCAGCUCAUGGUGAAGAGGCUUAUGCUAUCUGGGGUCAAGGUGAAAAGCUAGACAAUUCAAGGCAUGGGGCAUAUGAUAUUGAAUCAUCUGCAAAGGGUAGAGCCAGGUCUGCUGGAAAUAUUGAGAUGGCAUAA